AUGUCGGGCGCAAACUCGUGGUUGGCGAGGCAGCGGAAGAGCGACCUCGUCGAGAUUGCCGAGCUGACCGGACUUACUGGGUACGAGAAUCAGAAAAAGGCCGACUUGGAAGUCACUCUCGAUGAAUACCUCGCCGAGAACACAAUUCAGUUCUCCCAAAACCCCAAGCUCGCAGGCUACUAUACCAGUCGCUCCAAGGCUGCCGGCUCACCCGUCAAGAGGGAAGCUCCCUUGACCGAUCUCGUCAAGUCUACGCGUCGCAGGACGACGAGAGCCAUCGAGGAGCUUCAGCCCGAGCCCGAACCCGAAAGAGCCGAAUCUUCGAGCCCGGAGCCUGCUUUCUCCACCGCACUGGCGACGCGAACUCCCGCCCGCAACCUCUCUCUUGCGAGCCGUAUUCCUCUGCCCGCGACGCCUGCUGAUGUCGCCGAGGCCGUCGACCGUCACACUGUCGCCCUGCGCGAGCGCGCGACAGAGCUCUACGACCAGUCCGGCAUCCAGGAGGGCACCCAAGCCGUGCGCUCCUCUUUGUCAACCGUCACAUCGGUGCUCUUCACUGUGGCCGCAUUUGAGGCGUGGAACCUGAGAGCCGAGGUCCUGCCCCUUCGCUACGCCUUCACCAUCCCCGCGAUUCCGGCCCUGGGCACCAACUUCUACCCCGUCUACGUGCCUGACGCCUUCCUGUUCGUGACCUCGUCCUUCUGGUCGCCCGUCACCUUGUGGACUCUCACCUCUGUCCUCAUCCCCUCCCUGUUUGGGUACUUUUACAACCUGAGCGCGGCGAGCCAUCCCCAGCCUCGCGGCCGCAAGUCGUCGACCGUUGAGUACAAUGUCGACCCCUUGGUCUUCAGCAUCGUCAAGGCUUUGAUCUCGUUCGUUGUCUACGCCCAAAAGGUCAACUUUGGCGGCUGGAUCAAUGAGAACUCGAUCGACCGCAUCAACGGCGCUCUGUAUGGAGAGUGGAAGGGCAUCUUGACCGGUGCUGCCAUCACCGGGCUUGUAAGCCUCUACGAUGCCGUGCUGAAGAAGUAG